AAUAAUCUUUCUUUUUUUAAAUUUAUUUUUCAUAAAAUCACCAAACAUACUUUUGUGAACUUCUCAAUAUUUUCUACCUUCAAGUAUAUGUACAAACUACAUAUCCUCUAAUAGUGAGCAAAUUUGACACAGCAUUUGAUUUGAUCUCCUGAAAGGCGAAAACACACUCCAACUGCUUCCAUCAACUCAUCACUCCAUCUCCAACUCAUCAAAUCCCAUCUUCCAAACGCAUCACCAAUCUCCAUCACACCACUUCCCUCUUCUUCCCAACUCUAUCAAAACCUGAACCAUCCUUCCCAAACCACACAAAUAACCUCAAAACACACACACACAACACAACAGAACAUAACACAAGAGGCAAUGAUGAAAGAGAGAGGAAAAUCUCUAGACACCCACAAUUUCUCAGACUUCAACUACUCCUCUGCUUCAGACUUUCCCUGCAAAAAACACCCUUCUUCAUCUUCCAUUGGAAUCUGCCCUCACUGCCUCAAAGACCGCUUGGUCAGGCUCGUUUGCUCCGAUUGCGGCGAGCAACGCCUCUCUUCCUGUUCUUGCUCCGAACCCUCCUCGUACCGGAACUCCUCCGCCGCCGCCGAGCCCGGAAGCGUCGGAAGAAUCUCAUUUCUCAUCGAGAAUGAAAGAACCGAAACAGAGCACUCCCUCAAGAGGAGUAGUAGUAGCUGUGUUGGUAUCAACAAGAAGAGGAAUUCUGGGCUAUGGAGGAUGGUGAGGCUGUUUAGAAAGAAGAGAGAGAAGGGUAAUGGUGAGAGAAGUGAUGAGAAAAGUGAGAUGUGGGUGUUUGAUUACAUGGGUGUGUCAAGGUCUAGGUCACUUUGUAGCUUCAGGGGAGGCAAUUUUCAUGACCUAGAUGAUCAGAGCAGUGAAUUUGCAUUUUCAAGUGCUAAAGUUUCUGAUUUUAAUGGAGGUCCAGUGAUGGGUUCUGAGAGAGUAAGUGGUUUCAGUGAAACAGAGUCAAGAAAAAGUGGAGCAAAAAAGGGUUUUUUCCCAGUAAAAGAAAGUGAUUUUAGUGGAGUGGAUGAGUCUGGCUUUAUUGACUUGAAACUUGAUUUGUCUUCAGAGUCAAAAACAGACUACUCUGUUAUGAGGACUAGUACUGAUCUUCCAGUCUCUGUUUCAGAUUUGGGUAGCAUGAGAAGUGGGAAUUUUAUGGGACACCAUGAAUGUGGAAACUCUUGUAGGAUCACAGUGAAUGACACAGGAAUCAAGAAGGACAAGAGAGGACAUAAGGUUUGGAGAUGGAUCUUCAGGCACCAUCCUAAUUGGAGAAAUUCAAGUAACAAAAAGGAUGAAAAUCAAGAAAUCAAGCCGUGGUAAUAUACCCUCAGUAGUCGCACGAUCGAUCAUUGUUUUGAGAUUUUCGUGUUUUGAAAUUUUCGGCAUGUAUGAUCCGUUAUGUAUUGAAAACAAGGGAAUAUAAAUUUUGGGGAAAAGAGUAUUCUUGUCCCUUUUGCUGGUAGUGUAGAUGAAGGGCUUAAAUGACACUAUUAUAUCUGUGAUCAGUGAUUCAGUGUUACUUGUUCUA